CUCUUAAGGGAAGGAACAACUCACGGUGCGCGGUUUAGCUUGAUUCGAGUGGACAUUUCAAUUUAAAAUUGUCUAUGCGUUAGACGACAUAGAAGUAGAAUAGCAACGCGUGGCUCGAUCGAUGAAACAAGAUGAUGGAAUAAUCGAAAGUUCGCAUACUACGCGUCUUUCCAUUAAACAUUCGUGUUCUAUUAUUAAAAACAAGAUAUAGCUCGAGUACGACUAAAGGUGAUUAUAGCAAAGAUAUUUCGAUCGUGACCUAGUAUAAUGAAAUUUCAUUUGUAUUUCAUUAUCAGUGUAAACGUAGUAACUAGUGUAACAGUGUAACUCCUAGUGACGAGUUACUCGACAAACGUCAUUUGGUCUUCGAGUUCGUGAAAGUUUCUGUAACAGUAUUGGAAUACAUAUUUUACUUAAAUAUGACCAUACUCUUCAUAUAAUAACAAGGUAACGAUUGCGUCAUUAUCGGUAAUCAACACGUCAAUCGAGCGGUUUCCAUUUUUUCAAAGAAAAAACCAACUCGUGUUACGGAAAUGUACUCGUGAUCGAGAUUUUAGAAGUAGCGCGUAAAACGCAGUUGAGAGUUGAAAAGUGAACGGCGAGUGAAACAAUUUGUGUACACACGAACAUUUUCCCCCAUCUUACGAGGAACAAGGAUUAAUUGUAAUGCAAUUACACGCGAAACGUUGUAAUUGCGUGGUAUAUCGGCCGAACCAUAAGUUCGUGUGUGACUACAAUUUUUCGAGUUUUACUAGCUGCCACUGUUUCCUGGUCUCUCUUCUAAAUAUAUAGCGAUUCUUCACCAAACGAUUGCAAAUAGAGAAAAAGUGGAACAUUCUACUUUCACGUUCGACAAAGAAUAGUCAGAUACCUGCAAAUCAUUAGAACAAUAUUUUCUACUUCCUUUUUGAAGCAUGCGAAUUCGUGAGAAUCCGGUACACGGUCAUUCUUGGAUUUCCAUAGCGAUUGUGCCCGAAAUUAGGAACGAUUUCUGUGAAAAAAUGCCUCUUCACUCUUACCAUAGUAAUAUGUUCACACCAUAAAAGAAAAUUCAAAGUGAUAAAUUCUUGUGUUUUGAACGUUUUCCAACUUCCAUGUUUGAAUGGCAUCACAAGGAUAUUUUUAUGUUCGAUCCCACAACGCGGAUUAACGCUCGGAGAACGAUAAGCUGUGCCAGAGACGACGAAGUGCGUGCGAAAGUGCAACGGUUUUCGAAUUCAAGGCGUAAACAUAAAUAGGCAGAACGGAAAAAAGAUGCUUCAAUUGCGGGUGAUCGUUGUUCUGCUGGUUCCGAUGUGCGUUGGCAGAGUCACUUCACUAUAUGCGAGCAGAGAAGAACAUCCAAGCAAAGUGGACAUCGGAAACCUGAAGGAACCGACCGAUAUUUUGAGUAAUAGCAGUAGCAAAGCGACCACCUCAUCGAUAAAGGCGGCAGAAGAUAAUACGGGUAUAAAAACAGCGAAUGAGACCAAUAAUUCUACAUUAACUAAUACAGCUAAUGCGGGUGUAAAUACGCCGGUAGAAAAAGCAAUUGACGAGAAGAAGGAAGAUAAUGAGAAGCUAAAUAAUAGCAAGCAAAAUAAUGUGAAGUUAAAUAAUGACAAGCAAAAUAGUGAAAAUCUAAAUAAUAAAGAGCAAAAUAGCGAGAAGCUAAAUAAAGAACAGGUAAAUAACGAAACGCGAAUUAAUGAAAAGCAAAAUAGUGAAGAGCAAAAUGAUAGAAAAGAAAACUGUACUUCUACGAAAGAAACAGAGGACAUGCUUCACUGUAAUAAGUAUCCACGGGAUGAUGAUGGUGAUUCGUUAAAUGCUACAGAAUCUACGAUAACUAAUACGACUACUGCGAAUAAUAACACUGGAUCCACUACAGAGUCUCAGGUACCGGAAGUUAUUCCUCAUGAGAAAGAAAAAGGUGACGCGAAAGAUGAGGAACUCAGUGGAAAUAAUACGCAAACUACAACUGAAGUACAUUACGCUAUUGUACCUUCUGACACAAAUCACACUAUCUAUACCAAUAAUUCUGAUGUUCCGAAUUCGACGGAUUCGAAAGAUAGUACUAAUACUAUUGAAACAUCGCAUGAAGUAAAUAAACUUGAGAAUAUAAGUUCUGAAGCUAUUGAGGCUGUGAAAUCUGAUCAGAGUAAUAGUAAACAUAUGUCUUCGGGAAUCAUAGCACUAGUUACUGCGAUCAGUUUUGCCGUAGUAAUUGCAUUGGUAUAUAUUGGAAUGAUCGUUUGGAGGCGGUACAUCGAAUAUAGAUAUGGACACCGGGAGUUACUUGUUAAUGAACUAGAAUUUGAUACUAAUGACUUGCGUCAUUUUGAGCUGUGAUUUCAACGAAAGUAGUAAUCUGCAGGGAAGAAAAACCGAAUGAUUCAUAGCUAAGGCUGAUAUUGUGUAAAUAUUGAAGAUUCAUUGAUCUGUGAUACUAAGGACAUGCAUUGUGCCUGACAGUCAAGACACCAAAUAUAUUUGGAUAAUAUUAUACAGUUCUUGGGAUGUAAUUGUUUUAUAUACGCUAUGUAUAUAAUCCAUCUUUUUCAACGCGUUGAUUGUUUUUUCCUUCUCCUGUAGAAAUUAGAAAUAGCGUUACUGUGCUAUCAUGUAUAUUUUUCUGGUGAUAAUGCGAUGCGCAGAUCGUUGAAUAAAUGACGUAGCAUUUUAAGUAUCAACUAAAUGUCUUACAAACAGUUGAAGGUGCUAGAAUAUCUGUCAGUUUUUUUCGAUAUUACUGGAACGAUAUUCUUUCUUGUUUUUAGUAUUUGGAACCAUUGAAAAAUGUAUACUAUAAACGAAACUUUUGUAAUGUAGUAUUAUCUUCGUUUUCCAUCUGUUUUUGUAAUAUGUGCGACGAACAUGUAAAUAAUUUUAGUUAAAUAAAUAAAUUGGUGGAAUAUUUUUUUUACCAA